GUGCACGCUGCCCGAGAUAACGUUGCGGUUAUAAUUAACCUUAAUUAACGAGGAGUUGGGCGGCAAGUUUGUAGCGCGGGACGACAGCGGCAACGUCGGCCGGCUGUUGUUAAAUUUCAAGAAGACAUAGUCGCCGCGAUCGUUGUUUGUUCUCGGGAGAUAAGGUUUUGCGUGCAACAGGGGUUUAUCGGGCAGUGCUCGGGUGUCAUAAGCUUGUUGCUCGUCAUUGUUACGGCACUGAACCGGCGCAACAGCCGAUACGGGGAAGCCUGUUGUUUGCGACCAGUAACUGGAAGAAGCUGAGGACGUCAGCUUUUAUUCUGAAAUCUCUUCGACUCGCAUCGAACUACAUAUGUCUGUGAUAUGAUGGAUUCCGUGUUUCGCACCCGAUCUCCCGGCACAGCGGCCGAAGGUGUCCGCGAUCAGUACGCGGACGGAAGGGCCGCGAAAGUUUGGGAGGUGUUCAUCGGCGACAAGAAGGAGAGGACACAGAAUUAUCGGGACUUCUUGGUCGGUUUGUUGCGCGAGAAGGGAUGCCAGAGGAUCCUGGACGUCGCCUGCGGAACUGGCGUCGACUCCGUCAUGCUGCUCGAGGAGGGCUUCGAUGUGGUCAGCGUCGACGCUUCCGACAAGAUGCUGAAAUACGCUCUGAAAACUAGGUGGGGUCGGAGAAAGGAAAAAGCGUUCGACGAUUGGGUGAUCGAGGAGGCGAAUUGGCUGACCCUGCCCAAGGACAUUCGGCAUCUGAUAGGAGAGGGUUUCGACGCCGUGAUCUGCCUGGGAAACAGUUUCGCGCACAUGCCGGACACGUUCGGCGAUCAACGGGAACAGAGGCAAGCGUUGCUGAACUUCGAAAUGUGCGUGAAACCGGGCGGUCUGUUGUUGAUCGACCACAGGAACUACGAUUACAUAAUCGACACCGGCGACAUACCGCCGAAAUGCAUUUACUAUAACAGCCAACACAUGACGGACCUAAAGGCGUCGGUGCUGUUCGUCUCCGGGCGUCCAGCCAUCGUGACCCUCGACUACAUGAUAAUGUUGGACGACAACGAGGACGAGGAUUGCGUAGGGCAGAUCAGCGAGUUCCGGCUCUCGUAUUAUCCUCACCGGUUGAAGGUGUUCACAGAGAUGCUGGACGAGGCGUUCCAUUACAGAGCGAAGCACACCAUCUUCGGGGACUUCAAGCAACUGGACGACAUCAAGGACCCCGGUUUCUACAUCCACGUGAUGGAGAAACGCGUCUGAAAGACGUGUCUCGAUGGACACGUUCGACCGACCACACCCCACCUACUUUACGAUAUACAUAUAAUUUUUAAGUUCACCCAUCUGUUUCUGUGAUCUUCGCUCUUCGGAUCCGCGUCGCCGCUAACAGCGAUCAUUAAACUCUCGCACGGACGGCGCAAGACGGCGAGAGACCGCUCAAGAUCCCUGUCGGCGGCGAAACGGAUCGUUGCGAGACACUUUACUCUAGUUACACUCUAUUUAUUCGAUUUACGUAGACUCUUCGGUGUUUCCUUUUUUCCGCCGAAGACUGAACUGAUCGUAGAUUUCGUUAACCGGACGAUCAGCCUAUCCGAAGCCUUCCCCAGCGUAUCGUGCCGAAAUAAUUUUUUCUAACUGACCAGGCGUCUCUUUUUUCGGAAGGCUACGGAGAAUGAUCGUCGGUGGACGAACCGUCGGCAGAUCGAUCGUAAUUAUCAGGAUUGCUCGAUCGAUCGGUCGUUAACGGUUCGACGUUUAGAACUGUACGUAUUUUUCUAUCGUUGUGUAAAGUCCGCGUACGAGACGAAUGGUGAAUAAAGAGGAGUACCACUGAGAGAGAA